GACUGGCACGUGGUCUUCCCGCCAAUAUGGCUGCGCCCGCGGCCCUCCGCCACUUGUUCCUGCUGCUGGGAGCGGGGCUGGCGGUGAUUGCUGGCGCCGGGAAGGAGACCGCUCCCGGCGGGAACUGCGGCUGCAGCGCUAGUCGUAGCCGUGGGGAUGAGCGAGAGGCGGUGGCGACGGUGCGGCGGUACUCGGCGGCGGCCAACGACGGCAGGAGUUCUGGGCGCGGACCGAUGGUUGCUAUUCCAGGAGGAGUGUUCACCAUGGGCACUGAUGAGCCUGAAAUACAGCAGGAUGGAGAGUGGCCUGCAAGAAGAGUCCAUGUUAACAGCUUCUAUAUGGAUCAAUAUGAGGUCAGCAAUCAGGAAUUCGAGAGAUUCGUGAAUUCUACUGGGUACCUCACUGAGGCAGAGAAGUUUGGUGAUUCCUUUGUGUUUGAGGGGAUGCUGAGUGAAGAAGUGAAGGCUGAAAUCCAUCAGGUAGUUGCAGCUGCUCCCUGGUGGUUGCCUGUGAAGGGAGCCAACUGGAGGCAGCCCGAGGGUCCUGGCUCCAGCAUCCUCAGCAGGAUGGACCAUCCAGUUCUCCAUGUGUCCUGGAAUGACGCUGUAGCAUUUUGCACAUGGGCAGGGAAACGAUUACCAACUGAGGCUGAAUGGGAGUACGGCUGUCGAGGGGGCCUUGAGAAAAGACUUUUCCCAUGGGGCAACAAGCUUCAGCCAAAAGGUCAGCAUUAUGCUAACAUCUGGCAGGGAGUGUUCCCAACUAACAACACUGCAGAAGAUGGAUACAAAGGAACUGCACCGGUCACUGCAUUUCCUCCCAAUGGAUAUGGCUUGUACAACAUUGUAGGAAAUGCCUGGGAGUGGACAUCUGACUGGUGGGCUGUUCAUCAUUCAGCAGAUGAAGCUCAUAACCCUAAAGGGCCCUCGUCGGGGACUGACCGAGUGAAGAAGGGUGGAUCAUACAUGUGCCACAAGUCUUACUGCUACAGGUAUCGUUGUGCAGCCCGCAGCCAAAACACCCCUGAUAGCUCUGCUUCCAAUCUGGGGUUUCGCUGUGCAGCAGAUGCCUUGCCAGACCCACAGUGACCACAUGGGCUGCACUGCACUCAGGGAAGAUGCAUGCAGUGUCACCUGCUGAUGAGAGAGAAUGGAAAAUCUUGUGCUUAAAGUUCCUGUUGGGCAAGAAAAUUCCAGCACUCACCAGCGCUGCUGGAAGCUCUGUGUGCCUGUGUUUGGGGAACCUGGCCUGGACUUUCAUCGUGACCAAGCUUAGAGGUAUUGCUUUCAGUGGGAGUAGCCUGGAGUUGCACAAGCACAAACCUGAGCAGAAGCAUGCUGACUGUGUUUGAAAUGCUAACCUUAUUUAGUAGAUCCUUUGGAAAAGUUCUUCAAUUAUUACAUGUAUUUGUAUUUAUGGAUCGUCUGAAUCUCCACACUCAGAUCCGAUAAACAAGGAUUUCAUAGAGCCCUGGGUAGCUCUAAAAAGAAAUCGGAAGCAGUUACUGCUCCCGUAACCUUGUAGGAGGCGUACUUACCGUUUAGAAAAGAGAUGAAGACAACACAGGGACAGUCAGUGCAGCUGGUGCAUUACGUGCUAAUUGCAGUGAAAAUCAAAUCCAGCAACGUGCUUUUUCUGGUGCAAUACUUACUCCUCUUUAGGAAGAAGUGCCUUCUGCAACUGGGGGGGGGGGGAUAAUCAUCACUGUGAGGAUUAGAAAUGUAUGUAUUUGAAUAAAAUAUCAAGCAUUUCUUUAUGCUGAAA